CAUCUGAACUGAUGUCACAGCAUCAUGCAGCAGGUCAAACAAGGCAUCUCCUAGUAUUGCAUCCUACAGAUGUGCCGUAAACAUCAAAAGAGGACAGUGGGAGCAGGAGAUGGUAUUCAAUAUGUAAGCAGACACAGGGAUUAUGCAUCCAUUCUCAGUGGACAAAAGAUCAUGAGGAGUCUUCCCAGCUGUUUUGGAAAGAAGUAAGGUUUAGACUUCUCCAUGCUAACCAUGAGUGUGACACUUUCCCCCCUGAGGUCACAGGACUUGGACCCCAUGGCUACUGAUGCUUCCCCCAUGGCCAUCAACCUGACACCCACUGUGGAGCAGGGAGUAGGAGAAGAGGUGAUAAAGGACAUGGAUCCUGACCAGCAGUAUGAAAAACCACCGCCGCUGCACACAGGGGCUGACUGGAAGAUUGUCCUCCACUUACCUGAAAUUGAGACCUGGCUCCGGAUGACCUCUGAGAGGGUCCGGGACCUAACCUAUUCCGUCCAGCAGGACUCAGACAGCAAGCAUGUGGACGUACAUCUAGUUCAACUAAAGGACAUCUGUGAAGAUAUUUCUGAUCAUGUUGAGCAAAUCCACGCCCUCCUCGAAACGGAGUUCUCCCUAAAGCUGCUGUCGUACUCCGUCAACGUGAUCGUGGACAUCCACGCGGUGCAGCUCCUCUGGCACCAGCUCCGGGUCUCCGUACUGGUUCUACGGGAGCGCAUUCUGCAGGGUCUGCAGGACGCCAAUGGGAACUACACCAGGCAGACAGACAUUCUGCAAGCUUUCUCUGAAGAGACAAAGGAGGGUCGGCUUGAUUCUCUAACGGAAGUGGAUGACUCAGGACAGUUAACUAUCAAAUGCUCUCAAAAUUACUUGUCUCUGGAUUGUGGUAUUACUGCUUUUGAACUGUCUGACUACAGUCCAAGUGAGGAUUUGCUCAGUGGCCUGGGUGACAUGACCUCUAGCCAGGUCAAAACCAAACCAUUUGACUCUUGGAGCUACAGUGAGAUGGAAAAAGAAUUCCCUGAGCUUAUCCGAAGUGUUGGGUUACUUACGGUGGCUACUGACCCCAUCCCUUCCAACUGCAGCGAAACAGUUAGUGAAAAAGAGUCUCAAGUAUCUAUUUCAGCAGAUCACAAAGGUAGAUGUAAGGAAAAGAACACUUCCACGGCUGAUGAGCUCCCAAGCUUAACCCCAGGCACGUCAUCUUCAGAGGAAGCUCAGACAAACGCUGUUGAACUUCCUUCUGAGACCACGAAGCAAGAAUCCAAUUCCUCCUCCCACCUUGGCUCAAAGAACCAACAGCCUCUUCCUUGUGAAAAUACAAUCCCCAAGCGAACCAUCAGAGACUGCUUUAAUUAUAAUGAGGACUCUCCCACGCAGCCCACCGUGCCAAAAAGAGGGCUUUUCCUUAAUGAGGAAACUUUUAAGAAUGAUCUGAAAGGCAAGGAUGGAAAGAAGCAGAUGGUUGAUCUGAAGCCCGAGAUGAGUAGAAGCACCCCUUCCCUGGUGGAUCCUCCAGACAGAUCCAAGCUUUGCCUGGUGUUGCAGUCUUCCUACCCAAACAGCCCUUCUGCUGCCAGUCAGUCAUAUGAAUGUUUGCACAAGGUGGGUGAUGGGAAUCUUGAAAACACAGUCGAAAGUCACAUUAAGGAAAUCUCUUCCAGCCUGGGAAGGCUUAUCGACUGCCGUAAAGAGAAACCUCGACUUAAAAAGCCACAGGAGACCCCAGAAGAGGUACCUCCUUGCCGAACACCUAAACGGGGAACUGGUUCAGGCAAGCAAGCUGAAAAUACAGGGAACUCAGUAGCACAGAAUGGAAUUCCUUCUUGUACUUCCAAGGCCGUAGAGGGGCCAGAAACAGAUUCAGCUUCCACGUCCUCCCGUGAGCUCUGUAAUCAGAGAAGUUGGAAUGCCAAAUUGCCAGUGAAGACAGAAACAUCCAGUUCACCACCUUUGAGUGAGUCAUCUAUUGGCUCAGACCCCAUCAUGUCUCCAUUACCCCUUCUUUCAAAACACAAAAGCCAAAAAGGUUACUCCUCCUCCCCAAGUCACGUCACCAGAAAUGGUCAGGUCGUGGAGGCCUGGUAUGGCUCUGAUGAAUACCUAGCGCUGCCCUCUCACCUUAAGCAGACAGAAGUAUUAGCAUUGAAGUUGGAAAACUUAACAAAGCUUCUGCCUCAGAAACCCAGAGGAGAAACCAUUCAGAAUAUCGAUGACUGGGAACUGUCUGAAAUGAAUUCAGAUUCUGAGAUCUAUCCAACUUACCACGUCAAAAAGAAGCACUCCAGGCUAGGCAGGGUGUCUCCAAGCUCAUCCAGUGACAUAGCCUCUUCGCUGGGGGAGAGCAUUGAAUCUGGGCCCCUGAGUGACAUUCUUUCUGAUGAGGAGUUGUGCAUGCCUCUCUUUGGUAUGAAAAAAUACAUUGAUGAGAAGUCAGAGCGGGCUUCAUCCUCAGAAAAAAAUGAGAGCCAUUCUGUUACGAAAUCAGCUUUAAUUCAGAAACUGAUGCAAGAUAUCCAACACCAAGAUAACUAUGAAGCCAUAUGGGAAAAAAUAGAGGGGUUUGUAAACAAGCUGGAUGAAUUUAUUCAAUGGUUAAAUGAAGCCAUGGAAACUACUGAGAAUUGGACUCCCCCUAAAGCAGAGAUGGAUGCCCUAAAACUGUACCUGGAAACACACUUGAGUUUUAAGUUGAAUGUAGACAGUCAUUGUGCUCUCAAGGAAGCUGUGGAGGAGGAAGGACACCAACUUCUUGAGCUUAUUGCAUCUCAUAAAGCAGAAGGACUGAAGGACAUGCUGCGGAUGAUUGCAAGUCAGUGGAAGGAGCUGCAGAGACAAAUCAAACGGCAACACAGCUGGAUUCUCAGGGCUCUGGAUACCAUCAAAGCUGAGAUACUGGCUACUGAUGUGUCUGUGGAGGAUGAGGAAGGGACUGGAAGCCCCAAGGCUGAGGUUCAACUAUGCUACCUGGAAGCACAAAGAGAUGCUGUUGAGCAGAUGUCCCUCAAGCUGUACAGUGAGCAGUACACUAGCAGCAGCAAGAGAAAAGAAGAGUUUGCUGAUAUGUCAAAAGUUCACUCAGUGGGAAGUAAUGGGCUUCUGGACUUUGAUUCAGAAUAUCAGGAGCUCUGGGAUUGGCUGAUUGACAUGGAGUCCCUUGUGAUGGACAGCCACGACCUGAUGAUGUCAGAAGAGCAGCAGCAGCAACUUUACAAGCGAUACAGUGUGGAAAUGUCCAUCAGGCACCUGAAAAAGAAGGAGCUGCUUAGUAAGGUUGAAGCUUUGAAGAAAGGUGGCGUUUCACUACCAAAUGAUCUCCUUGAAAAAGUGGAUUCAAUUAAUGAAAAAUGGGAACUGCUUGGGAAAACCCUAGGAGAGAAGAUCCAGGACACAAUAGCAGGGCACAGUGGGUCGAGUCCACGUGACCUGCUGUCUCCUGAAAGCGGAAGCCUGGUAAGGCAGCUGGAGGUCAGGAUCAAAGAACUGAAAGGGUGGCUAAGAGAUACAGAGCUUUUCAUCUUCAAUUCCUGCCUAAGACAAGAAAAGGAAGGAACAAUGAAUGCUGAGAAACAACUGCAAUACUUUAAGUCCCUCUGCUGUGAAAUCAAGCAGCGACGUCGUGGAGUGGCCUCCAUUCUGCGGUUAUGCCAGCAUCUUCUGGAUGACCGGGAGACCUGCAAUCUAAACGCAGACCACCAGCCCAUGCAGCUGAUCAUUGUAAAUCUUGAAAGAAGGUGGGAAGCUAUUGUCAUGCAAGGUGUCCAGUGGCAAACACGGCUACAAAAGAAGUUGGGAAAAGAGUCUGAGACUUUGAAUGUGAUUGAUCCUGGCUUGAUGGACCUAAGCGGGAUGAGUGAGGAUGCCCUGGAAUGGGAUGAAACUGACAUAAGUAACAAAUUAAUUAGUUUGAAUGAAGAACCAAAUGACCUUGAUGAAGAUCACCAACCUGUCAUGCCUUCCUUGAAGCCUGAUGAUACAGGUAGUGAGGACCCUGGUUAUGAAGAGGAGGCAGGUGAUCAUGGAGGAUCUCAGUAUACCUCUAGUGUUACUGCCCCCUCCAGUCCACACAUUUACCAAGUUUAUAGCCUCCACAAUGUGGAACUCUAUGAGGACAACCACAUGCCAUUUCUGAGAAAUAAUCCAAAAUACCCGAGCCUGACACAGCCUAGUGUUUUAACUAAGAGUCUAAGUAAAGACUCUUCCUUUUCAUCUACCAAAUCUUUGCCAGAUCUUCUAGGGGGGACCAAUCUGGCAAAGUCCUGCCCAUGCCAUGGAGGAGACAUGAGUCAGAAUUCAGGCAGUGAGAGUGGAAUUGUCAGUGAAGGAGACACUGAAACCACUACCAACUCUGAAAUGUGCUUACUCAAUGCAGUGGAUGGGUCCCCAAGUAACCCUGAAACCGAACAUCUGGACCCACAAAUGGGAGAUGCCGUUAACGUGUUAAAGCAAAAAUUUAAAGAUGAGGAGGAGCACAUUAAACUUCUAAAUAGCUCUCAGUCAUCCAUUUCACCAGUGGGUUGUGUAAACGGAAAAGUUGGAGAUUUAAACAGUGUUACCAAACAUACCCCUGAUUGUUUGGGAGAAGAAUUACAAGGAAAACAUGAUGUGUUUACAUUUUAUGAUUACUCGUACCUCCAAGGCUCAAAACUCAAAUUACCAAUGAUAAUGAAACAGUCACAAAGUGAAAAAGCACAUGUGGAAGAUCCCCUGCUUCAUGCUUUUUAUUUUGAUAAAAAAUCCUGCAAAUCUAAACAUCAGGCUACAGAGUUACAACCAGAUGCACCUCCCCAUGAAAGGAUUUUGGCAAGUACAUCCCAUGAAAUGGAUCACAAUUCAUAUAAAAGUGGUGAUAUAGAGAAGACAUUCACUGGCAUGCAGAAUGCCAAACAGCUCUCCCUUUUAUCUCAUAGCUCAUCUAUUGAAUCUGUUUCUCCAGGGGGUGAUUUAUUUGGAUUGGGCAUCUUUAAAAAUGGCAGUGACAGCCUCCAGCGAAGCACUUCUUUAGAAAGUUGGUUGACAUCCUAUAAAAGCAAUGAAGAUCUUUUUAGCUGUCACAGCUCUGGGGACAUAAGUGUGAGCAGUGGCUCAGUUGGUGAACUGAGUAAAAGGACAUUAGAUCUCCUGAACCGUUUGGAGAAUAUCCAGAGCCCCUCAGAGCAAAAGAUAAAGCGAAGUGUUUCCGAUAUCACUCUCCAAAGCAGUUCCCAAAAGAUGUCCCUUACUGGUCAGCUCUCACUGGACAGAGCAUCUUCAAUCAAUGAAGACUCGGCAGCAUCUCUUACAGAACUCAGCAGCAGUGAUGAGCUCUCUCUUUGCUCAGAAGACAUUGUCUUACACAAGAACAAGAUCCCGGAAUCGAAUGCAUCAUUCAGAAAGCGCCUGACUCGUUCGGUGGCUGAUGAAAGUGAUGUCAAUGUCAGCAUGAUUGUUAAUGUCUCUUGUACCUCUGCUUGCACUGAUGAUGAAGAUGACAGUGACCUCCUCUCCAGCUCCACACUCACCUUGACGGAAGAGGAGCUGUGCAUCAAAGAUGAGGAUGAUGACUCCAGUAUUGCAACAGAUGAUGAAAUUUAUGAAGAAAGCAACUUGAUGUCAGGGCUGGACUAUAUAAAGAAUGAACUGCAGACCUGGAUUAGGCCAAAGUUAUCCUUGACAAGAGAUAAGAAAAGGUGCAACCUCAGUGAUGAAAUAAAAGGCAGUAAAGAUGUAAGCAGUGGUGAGAUGACCAAUCCCUCUGAAGCCCUGAACAUUGAGGCCCUUCUAAAUGGCUCCAUAAAAUGUCUCUCUGAAAAUAAUGGAAAUGGUAAAAAUUCAUCCCAUACCCAUGAGUUAGGGACAAAGGGUGAAAAUAAGAGAAAUAUUUUCAAAGUUAAUAAAGAUCCAUGUAUGGCUGACAUGGAGAAUGGCAAUAUUGAAAGUACUCUAGAAAGGCAGAAGGACAAACUGGAUGUGAUUUCAAAGGUCUCAGAAAAUCUUGGUCCGGUUGGGAAAAAUAUUUCAGAGACUGAGCAUUGUAAGUGUAAAGCAUUCAUAGAAAGCACAGAUGAUUCAAAUAUUGCCGGAAAGGAAUUUGUUCCACAAAGAGUUAGGUAUUUUCCAAAGAAAUGUCAGAAUCACCACCAUUUUGAAAAUCAAAGUGUUGAUUCUACUCCCACUGAAAAGUCUUGCCCAGAACUCCCUUCAGAAACCAGAGUUAUCAAUAGGAAAGACUCUGAUAUACUGAAGUCAUCUAAUGACACACCGAGUAUGGCUGGAAAAUCUGUUGGUUACAGCCUAGCAUUUGAAGAAAAUGAAGCAGAGGAAAAUGCUGCUAUCAGCGACCGCAUUUCCUGUUGCAACUGUGAGCCAGAUGUUUUCCAUCAAAAAGAUGCUGAAGAUUGCUCUGUACACAACUUUGUUAAGGAAAUCAUUGAUAUGGCUUCAACUGCCCUAAAAAGUAAAUCUCAACCUGAAAAUGAGGUGGCUACUUCUUCAUUAACUCAAAUCAAGGAGAAGGUGUUGGAACAUUCUCACCGGCCCAUCCAACUGAGAAAAGGGGACUUUUAUUCCUACUUAUCCCUCUCAUCUCAUGACAGUGACUGUGGGGAGGUCACCAGUUACAUAGAAGAGAAGAGCAACACCCCAUUGCCACUGGACACGACUGACUCUGGCUUAGAUGACAGAGAAGACAUUGAAUGCUUCUUUGAGGCCUGUGUUGAUGAUGACCCUGAUGGAGAGGAGCCCUGUUUCUCUAGUACUCCUCCAAGUGAACCUGCAAUUCCCAAUGAAGCUGCUAUGCCACUCCAAGCAACGAGCUCUGCUAGGUUCAGUGGUAUUUCACUCUUAGCUAUUGAUGCAGGUAUGGUGGCUUUUCCAAGUCCUCCACUGCAGAAAGUAUAUGAUGCUGGAAAGGAAGUGCAUGGUUUACCCCAAACUUCCAAUGGCUGCUUAGAAAGCUCAGAAUUAACUACUCCUUCAAGGCCAAGCAGUGAAAAGGAGAGUUCAGAGAAUCCAAGUGAAUCUGGAAUGCCGGAAGAAUGUAAUGCUGCUUCAGCCAAAUCUAUAGUUCCAGGCCUUUCCUCAAAGUCAAAGCAGCCAAAACAAAAGGCAGCAUUGCCUCUCAACCCCAAAACUUUAGCUUGUGAAGAAAAUCUUCUAAACCUUCACAAAGAACAACACAGAAAUAUGCAUAGGUAGAAUGUAACCCUUCCCAAGCAUGAAAAUCAUCUUAUUGAAAGAAAAGCCUGGCUGCAACUCAGGGGUGGCGUCAUACUUCUGCCCUGGGCUGGUCACUGGUUCCAUCAUGUCACUGCCGUUUGUUACAUUGAGCUCUUCUGAAUGCGGUUUGUCCACAUGAGUCUUGUGGUCUGGAUGUGUGCACUGGUUCUCUUUAGGCGAUCGUCUUUGAAGUUCAGCAAAGCUGCUUGUUCUCCAUGGAUUCCUGCCCCAAGCUACCUCUACCAACCCUCUCUCUUCCCGAGACUUUUCUUUUUGCCUCUUCCCUUCCUGAUCUGCUCUUUAAAGUUCUGCAGUUCACCAAAUUUAUGGGCCAUUAAAUUCCCCUGUCUGGAAUGACCCCUGCCAUACUUGACCAAUCUCAUGUUUCAAUCUGAAUUUUUUUUCAAGGUAGGAUGCCUAUGUUGAUUGAAAGAGGUUUACCUAAAAAAGCCAAAUUUAAUUUGGUUGUAGCAUAGAGAAGAAAUACUGGUCCUUCUUUCAAAAUUAAGCAACUUUUAGAAGCACCAUUAUAUUUAUUUCAUUAAAAAAUAAUAAUCUAUGCAGCACUUCAAGAAACAACUAUAUAGUGUUGUAUAUUAUAAACUGGUGACAUUCUACUGUUGAAUUAUGUACAACAUUUUUUGUUUUUUAUGCUUCUUGAGGUGGUAAUGAGAAAAAAGUUUUUUUAAAAAAAGUGUGCCUUGCUGUAUUUCUUAUACCAUUUAUUAAAAAGCUGCUUUCAUGGUAAAAAUAUGUUGGCUUGAAAGGAGGAAAUGGCAAGGUUAAGAUGUGUGAAUAAUUUCUGUAUAUAUGUAUAACCAAGUACAAACAUUGAUGUAUAAUGACAGUAUAAAAUGCUUUCAUGUUUGUGAUGUCUAGUGAUGUGGAAAAUAUAAGCCUUAAAUCCAUUAGAUUGCAUGGUAAUUAAAAUUGGCAUAAUAAACAUAGUUUAUUGGGGGAAAGUGAAAUUACUAAUUUCUUCUACCUGUGUUCUUUACCAAAUUGUUGCAUUUGGUUCUGGGAAAAUAUUAACAUGUAGCAGCAUCCAAAAUGUCUAUAUUGCAUAAGUGGCUUAAGAUUACUUAAAGUAGAGACUGGAUAUGACAUUUUUCAAAGUCUUUUUGUUCACUAUGAAGAACUUGAAACAGCAAAUGAUUAAAUCCCAGUUCCCCUAAACCAAUAAAAAUUUAUACUGUAUUUUUAUUUCUUCUUAUCAUUAAUAGUUUAAUGUUGGAUUUCAGGAUACUCUAUAUGUUAUAUUUAUUUUACCAAAUUCUUUUGAAUGAGUUUGAUAGAGGGUAGGUAGGUGUAGAAAAUUCGACUAAUACUUAGAUAUAGAUUGUAGAUUUCAGGUGUAUUUAUUUUGUGUAAAAGAAAUUAGCUAAGAAAUAUUCCAUUUUGUCAUUAUUGACACUUGUUAAAUCCAGUAUUUAACCUAUAUCCUAAUGCCUACUAAAGUGCCUGACACACAGUAGGUGUUUAGUAAAUAUUUGCUGACUUGAAAUAUUGAAUUAGGUAACAUGAAUGAAUGGCAUCUGUCUCUUCAUUUUGGGACACAGACACACAACUAGUAAAAAGGUAUAAUGCAAUAUAAAACCACACAUGAUAUAUAAUCAAUCUAUAUCAAAAUUUUAAAAAAGAGGAAGGACUGUAUAGAUUCUUCUAGUCUCAGGAAUGAUAAUCCCUCGCUUAAGAAAUAGUUCAUAAACACUUUGAAUGUGCAAGGCAGUGUUGUAGAUGGCAGGUAUUCCAUGGUGAACAAAGAGACAAAGGCCCAGUCCCCAGGGGAGGGACAUCAGGGAUGAAGUGAACAUACAAGUGAGAUGCAGUAGUUGUCCUGGAGGUGAGGAAGAGAAAAAACAUGGUAAAAAGAGGUACAGAGAAGCAGCACUGAGGGACAAAGAGGAAGUGAAAGGGUUAGGAGAGAGCAGAAAGUUGGACAAUAGGAAAUUAGUGAAGCUUUAUUGUAGAGGUAAUAGGAAAUAAGGUAAUUUGGGAGGAACUGACAGGUGCUUUAAAAAGUUGAGCUGGAGCUUUUGUAUGUUAUAUAUGUUCAAAAAAGAACCUUUAUAGAAUCUUUGUUUUUACCUGGUGUAAUUGUUAGAACUUUAUUAGUACCACAUCCAAGAACAUUUAAAAAAUACUUAUCUAUAAUUGUACCACUUAAUAGCUAUUUAUAUUUUUAUAAAAUCCUUUUCCAUACAUACUUCUAGAUGGAGGACUCAUUUGAGGUUCUGGAAUAGGUAGUGAUUUGUUGAAAAGGAGUUUUAGGCAGAUAUCUAGUUGCAAUGUUCAGAGGAUUACAGGGAGAAGAGAUUAGAGAUAAAAGCCUAGUUAGGAGGCAGCUGUAGAUCAAUGAGCUAGGCUUGGUAUGAUAAUGGUGUGCACAUGUAGUGGCCUUGGAUUUAGAGAGAGACCAAAUCUUAUAGAGUUUUGAAAUACCUAAGAGCAUUCUGGACCUCUCUUAGGAUAUGACAUUGUUUUACAUGCUGUCAACCUCAAUUUUCCUAGGUAAUGACUAAAGCGGAGUCUAUAAAGUGGAGUCUAUUAGUAAAACAAUCAAAGAAUAAACAGACAAUGAUGUUCUUUUUACCUGUUAUACUAUUGCUGAGGACCUUGGGAUACCAAAAGUGUUUGUUAAUUAUUAUUGCUUAGCCUUAAUACCAACUUUGUAGAAUGACUUUAGGUUUUUGAAUAAUACCUUUUCAGACUGGAAGGGAUGGAAUAGUUUCAAUGUCUCACUCCACACAGGCUCUACUUCCUCAAUCACCCUUGAAAAUGGUCACAUUGUGCCCAGACACUUCCAGUGGCAGUGACUCAUUAUCUAUUAAGGCAAGCUGCUCCACAGUUGGGCAGGUCUCUUUAUUAGAAGGUUCUUUCAUAGGUUGCUAAAAUCUGAAUCCCUCUCCCCACUCUUUAACUUUUGCUCACUGGGCCUAGUACUGGCUUAAGGAGCAGCUUAAGUUCUAUUUCUACUCCCUCUUUCACAUGGCAACCCUGAGUAUAAAUGAGACCAGUUACUCAUUCACUCCCAACCACUGUGAUUUCUAUUCUCCAGUAUCCUCAGCUGCCCUGAAUAUGGCAUGGUUUUCAGAUCCAUUUCAGCCUGACCGAAUGUUAACCAAUAGAAGUGUUUGAAAUGGAGGAACUGUCUUCAUCAUCAUACAUGUGGAAAAAAUAUCAGAACAUUUAAGUGCUAAGUUUCCUCUAAAAAUAUAUUCAAGAUAUAUGCUUAUCCUAUUAUUGUAAGUUUCAAUAAAUAAAUAAAUAAUCCACAACUUCCUUCAGUGGCCCGGUCCAGUGCCUGAGUCAUCUUGAGUGUCUUCCUUACAUCAAAUCCAAACAUAACUUGUUCCAAUAUAAACCAUUUCCCAUUUGUUUAUGCUUUUAGUCAGCAGUUGUUCAACAAACAUUCAUUGAGUGACUACUUUGUGUGAGGCACUGUUUGGCUUCAGAAAUACAAAGGCAACUAAAAUGUGGUCUCUACCUCCAAAGGUUUUACAGGUUUUCUUGUGAAAAUGCCUUCAUGUGCUUAAAUAGGGUGAUCAUGAUUUUUCUCCAAAUUAAAUAAUUAUUCCAUUAA